AUGGGUCGCGAACUACAAAAGCGCAAAAACCGCUCUUCGACACCCAGAGUGCGGAAGAAGCCCAAAUCGAAGAAGAAGAUCCUCUCCAACCACAUCAUCGCUGAGAACUGGGAUCAAUCUCUGACCUUGACGCAAAACUACCAGCGGAUAGGCCUCACGGAGAAGCUGAACAAGCGAACCGGCGGCGUGGAGAGGAAGCCAGGGGAGGAGAAGCACGAUGACCCGCUGAGUAUUGAGGGGAAGCGGAGGAAGGCGAAUGAAGUGCUAGAUGUCCGGGAGGCGAAAAUUCAGCGGGAUCCGAGGACCGGCGCUAUCCUGAGCAUUCUGGAUGAUGGAGAGGAGAAGCGACCGAACCCGCUGAACGAUCCACUGAAUGAUCUGGACUCCGAGUCGGACGACGACAUGGAGGAAAGUUUUGAUCAGCACGGGAGUGUCUAUCCGACUGCUUCACAGAACGGCACUCAACCAAAGACCGAUGUUGUGGCGAGAUUGGAAGACGAAGCCAGUAGGCCUGCACCCAAGUACCAGCGGAAGCAGAGUGAGGGCGAGAUAGCCUUCAUUGAGGAACUGGUGCGGAAGCACGGAGAUGAUUAUGGCGCCAUGGCCCGCGACAUGAAGGUCAACUACAUGCAGCGCAGUGAAGGCGACCUGAAGAAGAGGGUGAAGAAGUGGAGGGAGAGAGGAGGAAAGGUCUGA